UCCCAUUGGCUCAGUGACGCGUCGGUCAAAGCGACUUACGGAAGUAAAAACCCCACACCGCACACAACAAAGAUGGAGGGCGAUAUUUCAGAUAUGAACAGACCUCAAAUGUAUUUAUUUGGUUGUACCCUCAAAUCGGACAAACGGGAGUACAAAGUUGACGUCGACGACGAUGAAACGGAGCAACAAUUGUCCCUCAAAGCGGCUUGCCUGGGAGCUGAGGCUGAGGACAAGUUCCACAUGGUGGAAGUGGAGGCCCUAACCUACGAUGGAAAGGCCACAAAAGUACCGCUCGUUGUGCUGAAGCCAUCCGUCUUGCCGUCUAUGGGUUUAGGCGGGUUUGAGAUCACACCGCCAGUUACAUUACGCCUCCUGUCAGGUUCCGGGCCAGUACACAUUAGUGGGCAGCAUUUUGUCAGUGUAAGGGAUUCAGACAAUGAAGAGGAAGAACACAACACGUCGCCGGUGAAGCGCCCCGCUGGGUUGAUAAUGGAGAAAAGGGUUUCACAGAAAAAGCUCAAAAUGGACUCUGAUGAAGACAGCGAUGAUGAUGAUGAUGAUGAUGAUGAUGAAGACGACGACAGUGAUGACGUCAUGCCCCAGAAGAGCGUAAAAAAAGGCCCGGAAAUAUCAAAGAAGGCUAACAAAAGUUGGAUGAAACAAAAUGGCCCUGCGCAGAAACCAUCAGGAUCCGGCGCUAAACCACAGACUAAGACACCUGUUCCAGGAAAAGACAAAGCGCAGGCCGGCCCGUCUAAAGCUCUGUCUUUGGCCGAGAUAAAGAGCAAGUUGUCGACGGCAGCCAAAGAGGGGAGACCGCUGCCCAAGACGGAGCAGAAGUUUGAGAACUUUGUCAAGAGUUCCUUCAAAGUCUCAGACAAACAAGUGGUCAAGGACCUGUGGGGUUUCCUGAAGACCCUGAAGAUGGAGAAGAAGUAGACGACUUCGCCACUUGAAACGCAUUUCUCCGUUUUUGCAUCCGUCGGGCAAUUUUAAAGGCACAGUCUGCAAGCUUUCCGACUUGGCCUCGUCGUAAUAGCGUACGACUCGGACGCGUGGCGACACUAUUUUGCUCGGAACACAUUUAGCAGAAGAGUGCUUUCGCCAUAUGCGGAAGCCGCCCAUCUCGUCAGUCUGCACCACCUGUAGCGGAGCAAAGUGACAGCGCGGCCAGUUCAGACCUGCAGACGUGCCGCUUCCCGCAUUAAAUAAACAGCUACGCUAGCACGCGAGACACCUGCCGAGUUUACGCUUGCAGCGAGUAUAUUCAGUCGUAGGUUAUCAAGAGAAUUGACGUGGUAAAGGCUGGUUCUCGACUUGAUUUUCUGUUCAUAGCUUUUCAUCCCUUAUUUCAAUCAACACAGUAAAUACAGUGUCUCUGUAGGUGCCGCUGUUUCGGUUAGCAACUGAGCCACACCAGCGGCUCCCCUACUCGUUUCAGCUUCAGGGAGGUUCCUACCUGGCAACCUUUCUGAUUUGGAAUAUCGAACAUGAUUAGACUGACAGCCCCUCUGUUUGCCGAGCAGAUCAGUGACGAAAGAAAUCACUCCUCAAAUAACCCACCCCACAGAAUAAUCAAAUAUAUUUGAGGAAUUCCAGUUGUGACUCCUCCUCUGAAACUAAUAUGGUAUCAAUGUGUACAUUUUGCAAUGAUUUGUAGUUUUCUUUCUUUUUUCCAACCACGAACUGAAACUCAUCUUUUUUUGACACAUUUUUUAAGACAAAAAAAUCGAAAGAGUUUGAAGUUAACACAAAAGGGUGUAAAUCCUACAACAGUAGCUAUAAAAAGGCAAAGCACCUGCAGAUGUCACAUUUAUUGCAUGCAGGCGCUCUGAGAUAUUUAAUUAUGUGCAUGCUGAGAUUGGCAUCUCGCUUUACUCGCGUGUUACGCCGAAGACUGACUGCGGAAGCUCCGCACUUCGGCAGCGCCGCGCGUCCCUGCCAGACGAAAUCAUGAUAAUGCAAUAGGAAAGAAAUAUUGCAGAAUGUGCCUUUAAAUGUCUUUGCUCCAAACUGAGCUACGUCCCAUUUUUUCUGUGAAACACAUCUUUUUGUUGCUUUACAUUUUUAUACAUGCUUGUACAGUUUUUGUGUAUUUUAGCUAUGUCAGGCCCCGAAGUCACGGUUUAGAUCCUUGAAGUUCUAAAAUCUAUUAACUGGCCAAAAAGGAUUUUAAAUAGAAACAAACAUAUUUUGCAAAUACCCUUGCAUAUCUUUCUGUCUUUUUCACAUGUGUGAACCCAUUUUUUUCUUUUCACAUUUGAUGUUCUUCCAGGAAAACACCUGGUGCUCAUAGAGCCUGUUUUUUUUUUCUCUAUUUGUUCUCAACAUAUUUGAUACAUACACCAUUUCACUUUUAUGUCAGAUAGCUUCAUACAGCCGAAUCGUCUGAUGUUCCAAUAGCUUGAUUGUCGAGAACAUCCACACACACACUUCUUACAGGAUCAAAAGAAAAUCGCCAUUUGUGUCCUUACUGCGCUUGCGUUGUUAAACACGUAAGAAUAUCGGCCCUAGUACCAAAAGGGUAUCUCAACUGCUGGAAAAAAAUCACAUAGGACUAGCUAGAGGUAGGCUAACUGUUAGCUUGUCUUAUAACUACAUUUGUUUCGAAAUCUGGCUUGCAAUCUUGAAUACUGAACAGAUUUAACGUCUACGAUUAUUAACCGUCGACCAUUUUCUGAGCAAAGGCAGUCUGAUUAUCUUUGUGUGGUAUAUAACUCACGAGACACGUUAUGUAAUCAUUUAUGUCUAGCAACAGCACGAGUUGCGUCUUAAUUGGCUAUCUUCCCGGUCUAAUUAGAUUACUUACCGAGCUGAUCGUGGAGGAAAAAGGUCCAUCGUCACACAUCCCGCACCGUUUGAUAAAGUCGCUCAGGAUAAUCGUUCAGACUUUCAGAAUCAGGCAUUUGGUUACUUUGAUCACAAGAGAGAAAAUGCUCGAUGGCCCCCAUCGUCAUUAUGCAUGUAUCCCGCUUAAGAAAUAAUAUCAAUAUGAGCUCUUUAAAACCAACACAGAUGUGUUUACUUAAAAAAAAAAAAAAACAUAUCAUUAGUCGCAGCGGUACAUUUACAAGUUAGCCAUUGUAUAUUUUAAUGUACCUGCUAAUGGGAGAAUCCUAUGAUUAAACGAGAUUGUCCUCUUUACUACCGCACGAUCAUGAGGGAUUCAUCAGAGUAUGACAUGAGUCAAAAAUGAUGUCACCCCGACUAAAAGUACACAAGGCGCUGUAAUUGUUUGCACUCUUGAAUGUCUCGGCGGCUACAAGCGUGCUCUCAAUCUGCGCUUAUUAUGUGUUUACGGCGCCGUAUAAUACCUUUUUACGAGCCAAGUGUUGGCACUGGGAUGCCAUCUUUAACGAUUCGCGUCAAUCCCUUAAUCAUUACGUAUUUUGUCUGAUCAAAUAGUUAUUGCAGCCUUAUUAAUUAUCGAAUUCUAAAUAGAUUGCAGCCCUCUUAAUUAUCUCAUUCUAAAUAGAUAUAGUAGCCAAGUCUCACUUUAGGCCAUUUUUAGUAGAGUUGACUGAAAGAAUUACGUAGUUGCUUUUUUCAAUUUAAUUACCUGCUUUUCUAAAAGUAGUGAUUGUGUGUGUGUACGGCAGCUCAAUAAAAUGUGUUUGAUGAUAAUAC